AUGAAUGAGAAUAUUGGGGACAUUGUCUUAGAGAAGGCUCCAAAAAAUGCAAAGUAUACUUCACCAGAUAUUCAGAAAGAUAUUUUGAAUAUUUUUGCCAAUCAAGUGAGAACUAAGAUUCGUAAAGAAAUCGGGGAUGCAAAAUUCUGUAUUUUAGUUGAUGAAGCAAGAGAUACAUCUAACAAAGAGCAGAUGUCUAUUGUAUUAAGAUUUGUGGAUAUUGAUGGUUUUUUACGAGAGCGGUUCUUUGCUAUUGUACAUGUGACUGACACAACUGCUGCAACACUUAAGAAAAAAAUAUCUGAUACUCUUGAUUGUUCAUGCGCAUAUUAUGUACAUUGUUUCGCUCAUCGACUUCAACUAGCAUUAACUGCAGCUGCUGAAAAAGAGCUAGCUAUUGGUGAACGUGAUACUGGUAGAGGAUGUAAUCAAAUUGGAAAUUUACUACGGCCUGGAAAGACUUGCUGGAGUUCUAAUUUUGACUCAAUUUGUAACAUGAUUGAUCUGUAUAGUUCUGUGAUUACCGUAUUAGAAAACAUGGUGUAUGAUGGGUCCUCUAACUCCAUCCGUGGUGAAGCUAGUGAUAAUGGGGUUAACAAAUCUGUUUUGUCGAGCAUUGCAAGAGAAAUCUUUAGAUAUUUAAAUGCAAUGGACUAUGUUUCAACUACUAAAACUUUGCUUCAUACUUUGAGAGAAGAAGGAUUUGCUAUUCUACUUAGUUAUGUGAAAGAAGUUUGUGCCAAGUAUGACAUUGAGAUACCUCAAAUGGAAGCUCGUUAUAAAUCUGCUACAGAUUGUUCUUGUCAACAAAAUGAUUCAAUCACAGUUGAGCAUCACUAUCGAUUUGAUGUAUUUACUGUUGCAAUAGAUUUUCAAGUUGAAGAGCUUAAUAGUAGAUUCAAGGAUGAGGCAGUGGAACUUCUUAAGCUUAGUUGUGCUUUGGAACCUAAAGAAAACUUUAAGCUUUUUAAUGUUGAUCACAUCUAUCGACUUGCUGAGAAAUUCUAUUCUCUUGAUUUUGAUACACAAGAUUUACACCACUUGAGAAUGCAAUUGGAUCACUAUAAGAUUGAUAUUGUUGGCCAUGAAAGAUUUCAGAAUUUAUCAAUUAUUUCUGAAUUAUGUCGAAGAUUAAUUGAAACAAACAAAUCAGGAAGUUAUAAUUUGAUUGACAGGUUGAUUCGUCUUGUUUUAACUCUUCCCGUCUCUACAGCAAAAAAGGAAUGA